UCCACAAGCUCCCUGCAGAAGAAAAAGCCUCAAACAUGCAGAUGCUGAUCGUUUCCCUCCUAAUGCUUCUCCUCUCUACCCCGAAUCUGUUGGUAGCUAAACAGCUUCCCUUCUGCAGCAACGCGAACACCAUCACACACAUGCCAGAGGGCACCUACAAGACCAACCUGCUCCAGCUCGCCAAAAACCUGAUCACCAAUGUCAACCAGACGCAGCUGCACUCUGCCAACGGCACAGCCGGGGCGGCCGGUCCUGACACAGUAUACGGCGCCGUGCUCUGCCGGGGGGACUCCUCCGCCGAGAGCUGCGCUACCCGCCUCCAGAGAGUGCUUGACACGGCCAGCAUCAAUGGAACUAGUGGCGAUGACUCUGGCUACUUUCAGAACCAGAAGAAUGUCACCUUGUACGACCAUGAUUUCCAGGCCCUGCUAAGCUUCUCCGACAAGGAUUUCAUCUCCAGCUUCAGCAACGCGCCGGAGUGCACUGUGAGCGCUUACCUGAACCCUCCGCCGGAUGCUGAUCGCGCGCAGUUCAGCCAGCUUUUCUCUGAGCUCAUGGAGAAGAUCGCUGCAGCCGUGGUGAGUAGACGGCCGGUCAACUACUUGACGGGCAGGGGGUGGUUCGACCUCAAGAGCCAGACGGUGUAUGCGCUGGCGCAGUGCACGGACGGCAUGCCGCCGGAGAAUUGCCGGAGUUGCCUGGACGGCAUCAUCGACGAAGGGAAGAAGAUGGUCGGCGGUGGCCUGACGGGUGGCGCGGUGCUCGGGAUGCGAUGCAGCCUGUGGUACCAGACGGAUGUCAAGUUCUUCGCCGGCGACCCAGAGGUGUCGCUGCACAUGCCUACACCAAGCAAGUUUUGGAUCUGGGUUGUAAUUGGAUCGUUCUCCCUCAUGGUAUCUAUUUCAUGGUUGCUUGUUCAUAUUUGGAUCAAACGAGAGAGAAAAAGAGAACAAGCAAGAUUUGAACUACGAUUGCUGUCGAUGGCAGUACAGAAUGUAAUAAAUCUUUGGAGGAUUGAAGAAGGGAACUCAGGGUUUUCAUUGUAUGAUUUCUCUCAGAUAAAAGAAGCUACACAAAACUUCUCAAGGGAAAACAAACUUGGGCAAGGUGGUUUUGGAGCUGUUUAUAAGGGCUUGUUGCCGGGUGGUCUUGAAGUAGCAGUCAAAAGACUUUCAGCAUGUUCUGUACAAGGUUUAUUGGAGUUCAAAAAUGAAAUUCAGCUGAUAGCAAAGCUUCAACACAAAAAUCUUGUCAAGUUACUCGGCUGUUGUAUUGAGGGAGAGCAUGAAAAGAUGCUCGUCUACGAAUACUUGCAAAACAGAAGCUUGGACGUCUUCAUAUUUGACUUUGUGAAAGGAGCACAAUUAACCUGGUCAAAGCGUCUACGCAUAAUUGAUGGGAUAGCUCAAGGGAUUCUAUAUCUUCACAAUCAUUCACGAGUAUGUGUUGUUCAUAGGGAUUUAAAAGCAAGCAAUAUUCUCUUGGACAGUGACAUGACUCCAAAAAUUUCGGAUUUUGGGAUGGCCAGAAUAUUUGGUUCAAAUAUGAUUGAAUCAAACACCACCAGAAUAGUAGGCACACAUGGUUACAUAUCUCCCGAAUAUGCUUUCGAUGGGGUUUGCUCGAUCAAGUCAGACGUCUUCAGUUUCGGCGUCUUGGUCUUGGAAAUCAUAAGUGGAAAGAGGACUGCUGGUUUCUAUCCCUAUGAUGGCAAACUUUGCAAUCUCAUUUCAUACGCUUGGCAACUCUGGAGAUCUGGACAGGGGCAUGAGCUGGUCUGUUGCCGUAUAGGAAACAACCAUAAAGUGAUACAAAGGUGCAUUCAGGUGGCACUAUUAUGUGUUCAAGAGAGGGCAGAUGAUAGGCCUUCUAUCGAUCAGGUGGUCACGAUGCUAAACAGCGAGGAAAUGACAUUGCCCAAACCAAACCAACCAGCUUACUUCUAUGUCCGAUCCAGUGGCUCAGAUGAUUCAUCAUGCAAUAACAGUAUAAGUAUCACAUUGGCAAGGUAGAGUAGUGGAUUCCCAUCAUAGCCAUUCAAUAGAAUGAUCCAAAAACUACGGAUCGACAAUGUCAUUUGUGGGUGCAAGCGACGGUCCAAUGCAGUUGCUUCUCUGUUAUCCGAUUUAUUUGUCUUUGUUUAGGCGUUUAACCCAAAUGUGUUUCAGAUCUUUUUUUCUGUUUCAUAAUGUAGAUUAGUGUGAUUUUGUACUGCUAUAUAUGAUGUUCUCUUUUCAAAUUGUCUGUAGACAAACUGUAAGACAGUGGACAGUAAUCAGCAUAAACAUGGACGGUAGAGUAUCAGGCAGAGCUGCAAUUUUCAAAUCUAA